ACGCGCUUGUGACGCACAUCCUGUGUUCUACCUGAGGAAAAUGGCUGCGCCCCAGCAGCAGGCUUCGGCCGUUUCCUCCGCGGCGGGUGUUUCAGGUCCGGGCUCUGCCGGUGGCCCGGGUCCCCAGCAACAGCCGCAACCGACGCAGCUGGUGGGACCUGGCCAGAGUGGGCUCCUGCAGCAGCAGCAGCAGGACUUCGAUCCUGUGCAGCGCUAUAAGAUGCUCAUCCCGCAGCUGAAGGAGAGUCUCCAGACUUUGAUGAAGGUUGCAGCCCAGAACCUGAUUCAGAACACUAACAUUGACAACGGACAAAAGAGCAGUGAUGGACCCAUACAGCGAUUUGACAAGUGUCUGGAGGAGUUUUAUGCUCUCUGUGAUCAGCUGGAACUCUGCUUGCGCCUGGCCCACGAGUGCCUGUCACAGAGCUGUGACAGCGCCAAGCACUCGCCAACGCUGGUACCCACGGCCACCAAGCCAGACGCAGUGCAGCCGGACAGCUUGCCCUACCCUCAGUACCUGGCCGUCAUCAAAGCCCAGAUUACCUGUGCCAAAGACAUUCACACUGCCCUGCUGGACUGUGCCAACAAGGUCACAGGCAAGACUGCUGCAGCCUCAACUGGCCCUGGGGGCAGCCUCUGAGGUCUUGGUGGGGGUGGGGGGGCAGAGAGAAUGAAGAAGGCCCUGUGGCAAAACAGGUGGCUCCU